AUGGAUGAUAAUGGAGGCUCCAAAUUGACUGGAAUUAGACAGAUUGUGAGACUAAAGGAGAUAAUUCAGAAGUGGCAAUCUGUCACGAUGGGCUCAAAAGUUAACUAUCAACCUUCUGACUUGAAUCACAGGAGCAUAGCACCAAUAGUUAACAGAAGGCUGAGAAAUGUCAUGUACUGUGACUCGGAUGAAGAAAGCUACCAGAGCCCUGAGCCACCACCUGAUGUUCCCAAAGGAUAUUUGGCUGUCUAUGUCGGGCCAGAGCUUCGGAGGUUUAUCAUUCCCACCAGCUACCUUAGUCACUCUCUAUUCAAAGCACUGCUGGAAAAGGCUGCAGACGAAUUCGGGUUUGAGCAAAGUGGUGGGCUCACUAUCCCGUGUGAGAUUGAGACUUUUAAAUACCUCCUGAACUGCAUGGAGAACAAUCAGAAAGAUCAACACGAUGAAAGCUCCUCUGGAAAUGUAGGAACUACUGAAAAGUGA